AUGUCUAUUGCAACCACGACCACGACUUCGCCCGAUAAGGCCUUCCUGGACAAAUUCAUCUCGCUCCUCUCGCGGGCAUACUUGACCACGCCUCUCACCACCGCCUUCAUCACAGAGAUCGACAAUACCCCGCCAACGGCGAACGCUGCGGAAGUCAUCACCCCAGAGCGCCUGAAGAAACAUUUCACUCUAGGCAUCACCGCCGCAGCGCAGAGCAAUGUUGUUCUGAUCGAGGCGGGGAACUUUACAGCGGCGGCGCUAUGGGAGCCACCGGACUUCUGCGGGAUCCCACCGUCACAGGCUCGGCGGAAUCCCGGGCCAAUUCUGCAAGAGUUCAGAAGUACCGCGCGCACGCUCAAGGCAAAGUAUCUCUCCUUGCCUGACCAAGGGCCUCGAAGCUACGACCAGCCCGCAGCGCCCAGUCAGUCCUCCGGCGCACCUUCCGAAGACCCCUACCCGGCAGACUUCAACAAGGACGUGGAUUAUGAGACACGCCCGUUUUUCCACCUCUCCCUUAUAGCGAGGGAUCCCGAGGCCGAUCCAGACGAGAGCUUUGCCGCGCUUAAGGCUUGCAUGGACCCGUUUUUGAAGAAAGCCCAGGAACAAGAUGUGCCUGUCUGGCUGGAGACCGCCAGUGAAGACUCGAAAAGAGAAUAUGAAGACAUGGGAUUCAGAGUAUGUGAAGAAGUCGUGAUCGGCAAGGGCCGAGUAAAUGCUAAAGGGUGGCCUGAAGAGGGUGGUGAAGGUGUGAAAAGCUGGGCCAUGAUAUAUGACCGACAUCUUGGUUGA